UCAUUGAAAUCAGAUCUCUUUGACUUAGGUUUCUUGGUAGUUGUUCACUUAUACAGUAAGAGUUUUUUGUUUAAAUACUGUAUAAUAUGAUCACAUAAUUCCAUACACUAAUACAGCGUCUAUUACAGUAAUCCCCGAAAAGGCGGCUGAAGCUUCGGAAGAUAUCACCUUCUUGGGAACCAUAUAAUGACCUCAUAAACCAACAUUUCAUUGAACUUCAUGUUAUAGCUAGCUUUUCUUUUUGCUUUCAUCACUCACUCGCUACAGUUCAAGAGAAAGACUCAUCUUUCAUUUUGUUUCAGCUGCUAUACUUUUUCACCUCAGUUUCAGAGUUGCUUAUUAGCCAGCCAGAGAGAUGGAUGACAAGUAUGAUUCUGAUAAGUUGGAUGAUAUUAUGUUGCCUGGUUUUCGGUUUCAUCCGACUGACGAAGAACUUGUUGGGUUUUAUUUGAAGAGAAAGAUUCAACAGAGACCUCUUUCAAUUGAACUUAUAAAGCAGCUUGAUAUCUACAAAUAUGAUCCAUGGGAUCUUCCAAAAGAGCUGUCGACAACAGGAGAAAAAGAAUGGUAUUUUUACUGUCCAAGGGACAGAAAAUACAGAAACAGCGCGAGGCCUAAUCGAGUAACUGGAGCUGGUUUCUGGAAAGCCACUGGAACGGACAGACCUAUUUACUCGUCAGAAGGAACGAAGUGUAUCGGCCUUAAGAAGUCCCUUGUGUUCUAUACAGGUAGAGCAGCAAAAGGAGUCAAAACAGACUGGAUGAUGCAUGAAUUUAGACUUCCUUCUCUCACUAAUCCAGCCACUCCCAAGAGAUUUACUGACAAAACUCUACCUGUCAAUGAUUCAUGGGCUAUUUGCAGAAUCUUCAAGAAAACUAACUCCAUGGCACAAAGAGCACUUUCCCACUCAUGGGUCUCUCCAAUACCUGAACUUAAUGGGUCUCAGAUACCUAAUAAAAAUAUUAACUACACACAUUUCAGCAAAGAGAGUGUGUCAUGCAUUUCUGAAGCUGGCUCAACAAUCCAAUUUUCUUGUAAUAAUAAUUUGCAACAGUGCUCUCCUACUAGCUUCAGUCCUGUUAAUAUCCCGUCUUACAAGCACGAUAUUAACCCAACAAUGUGCAAGCAAUCUCAGCAUCCCACUUUCAAUGGAGAUCUCUCUUCAAAUUUCAUGUUCUCGUCUCUCGAUAUGGCAGGAAAUGCCAAGUAUACAGCUGAAAUUGCUUCAAUGCUUUUAAACUUCCCCCCUGCAUUACUUGGAGAUACCGAUGAUUGCCCUGACGAUAUAAACUUCAGUGGAACACAACAAGAAUAUGGCGGUUUCUCUGCUAUGCUGCCACAAGAGAUGCAGGGAAAUAUAAGUUUUGGAGAAGACGAAGAAGCUUGGUUGAGGAGAACUACGAAUACUUUGAGCGCUUCUGAUCAAUGGGGAACAGUUCGGUCAGUUGAUUUUCCUUUCUACCUACCUAUAUCAAACUUGACAUGGGACUCUCUGCCAUGUCCUAGUGACAUUUCAACAAGUUUCUCUACAAACAAGUGUUAUACUUGACCGGCACAACGGAAAUAGUAAUUUUAUCUGUUUAAUAAUUAGUUUCCAGUCAGUGUAGGCUUAAAAACAUAUUUUGUUUUAGU